GGACAUCAGAGGGAGGCUUGUCUUCCAGGGCGGGGGUGUUCUCUGGCCUCCGGCUCGGAGCUGCCGUCCCACCCCAGGAAGUGGGCGGCCCCCGCGGCCCCCUCCGGAGACCGGAUUCUGAUGAGGAGCGAGGACCACCCCGACAGGGGCAUCCGGACGGGUCUGGCCGCGCUUCCUGGCCCCGCCCCCGCCAGCCUGCCUCCGUGCCACUUCCCUCACGCCUCCCUACUGCCGCGCCGGGCUACACCCCAGCCGCGGCCAGAGCGGAGUGCGGUCCGCGAGGUCGCGGGGCCCGGGCAGCAGAGCCCACACGGCCGCAGAGGCCCGCGGACGCGCGCUCCAGAGCCCGCGCUAGGGGCGCCGCAGCUGCGGCCGCCUGUGGGGGCGGGGCUCGCGGGGAGGGGCUGCCGGCGGCGGGGGCACGCCCCGCGCGCUCCGGUCCUCUGCGCAGGCGCCCCCCGCAAGGUCUGGGCGCGCUUCCGGGUGAGGCCGCGCCGGCGCCAGCCCGUCCCGCGGAGCCGCUGAUGCCUGUGCGCCGCGGAGCCCAGUCUUUCUGCAGAAUGGGGCUGAAAAAGCAGCGAUUCUUGGAAGCAGAGCAGCCUCAGAAUCUGCAGGAUGGAGCCCAGAUACCUGCCCCUAAGGAGCCCUGCUUGAGGCUACCUGAGACCUCAGGCCUCCAGCGCAGCAUUUACUUCUCAAGCCCAAAGGACCCCCCUCAUCGACUGGGAAAUGAGUUUUUUGACCAGCCUGCAGUGUCCCUGGCCCGUGCACUUCUGGGAAAGGUCUUAGUCCGGCGACUCAAUGAUGGCACUGAACUCCGUGGCCGCAUUGUGGAGACGGAGGCAUAUUUGGGGCCAGAGGAUGAAGCCGCCCACUCUAGGGGUGGCCGCCAGACCCCCCGCAACCGUGGCAUGUUCAUGAAGCCAGGCACUCUCUAUGUGUACAUCAUCUAUGGCAUGUACUUCUGCAUGAAUGUCUCUAGUCAGGGGGAUGGAGCAUGUGUCCUGUUGAGAGCACUGGAACCCCUGGAGGGCCAGGAGACCAUGCGGAAGCUUCGCAUGACCCACCGGAAGAGCAUUGCCAGCCGGGCCCUCAAAGACCGUGAGCUUUGCAGUGGGCCUUCCAAGUUGUGCCAGGCCCUGGCUAUUGAUAAGAGCUUCGAUCAGCAGGAUCUUGCCAAGGAUGAGGCUGUGUGGCUGGAGCACAGCCCCCCAGCACUCAGUGAGCCAGCUGUGGUGGCGGCAGCUCGAGUGGGCAUUGGCCAUGCUGGAGAGUGGACCCAGAAACCACUACGCUUUUAUGUCAGGGGCAGUCCCUGGGUCAGUGUGGUAGACAAAGCAGCCGAGAGAGAGACACAGGCCUGAGCCAGGAGCUACUCAGACAGAUUUUUUUUUUUUUUUUGGGCAGGGGUGGGGGGCUCACACCCAGCAACAGUCAUGGCUUACUUCUGGCUCUGUGCUCAGGAAUUACUCCUGGUGGUGAUAUGGGAUGCCAGGGAUUGAACCCAGGUCAGCCACACACAAGGCAAAUACUCGACCUUACGUACUACCUCUAUGGCCCUUAAGAUGGACUUCUUAACUGUUUUGUGCUAAAUAAAUGCUUUAAUUAUAGAA